AUGUCCAGUCGAUUCUUUCGUGCGAUCUCUGAUUCCGAGUCGGAAUCCUCUUCGGAGGAGGAGGAGCUGCUCUCUGAGGAGGAGCAGCCCAAGACCAAGGGCGGAAAGAAGGACUCGGACGACAGCGAUGACUCGGACGAGGAGGACGAAGACUCGGAUGAGGACGAGAGCGACGACGAUGGCGCACAGCAGUCGCGCAAGCCCAUGUCGCGCUUCAUGCGCGACGCUGAUAGCGACAGCGACAGUGAGGAGGAUGUGCGCAAGGUGAUCAAGAGUGCCAAAGACAAGCGUCUCGACGAGUUCGAUGCGGUGGUCAAGACGAUGGAAAACGCGCAGCGUAUCGACGACUGGGUCACCAUCUCGAAGGAGUUUGACGGUCUCUUGCGCCUGUGCGACAGGCAGCGCAAGCUGAACGAGAGCAUUCCUACGUCGUUCAUCAAGGAGGUGGCUGCUCUCGACACCUUCCUCGCCAAGUCGCUCGCCGACAAGGAGGCGACCAAGAAGAUGAAGGCGCCCAACGCCAAGGCCAUGAACGGUAUGAAGCAGAAGCUCAAAAAGACCGUGAAGGAGAACGACGCGGCGCUGCAGCAGUACCGCGCCGACCCCGAAAACUACGACGAAAAGGUGCAGGCGGCGCAGGCUGCCCCCAAGCUGCCCGACCUCAUGCCGGUCUCGGGCAAGGGCGUCAAGGCGCCUGCCCUCGCCGAGGCGCCUGUCGCUGAGGAGGCCGGCGAUGAUGAAGAGUUCCAGACGGUCGGCAAGGGCGGCAAGGUCGGCCUGACGUCCGACGCGCUUUUCAAGGCGCUCACCGCCGUGCUCGAGGCGCGUGGCCGCAAGAGCACUGACCGCACCGAGCAGAUCAGCACGCUGACCAAGCUGCUGGACUCGGCCUCGACGCCGUACCAGCGCGUCCGUGUGCUCCUCGCGCUGAUCGCCGCGCGCUUCGACUACAGCAGCUCGGCGAACGCAUACAUGCCCCUGGACCUCUGGCUCCAGGCGCGCACCGAGUUGAGCGAGCUCCUGACGGUGCUUUCUGCGAACAAGCACUACAUUGUGCUCGAAGAGACCGAGGACUACGACGACCAGAUCGAGCGCCGUCCGAACGAGAACGACGAAGGCGCGAUUGUGCUGGUGCGCGGCAGUGUGAUCAGCUUCAUCGACCGUCUGGAGGACGAGUUUAUCAAGAGCCUGCAGCACAUUGACCCCCACACGACCGAGUACGUCGAGCGCCUCUGCGACGAGAAGCUGCUCUACCAGACCAUUGUGCGUGGCCAGAGCUACUUUGAGUCGGUCGUCGACCAGCAGCUGCCCGACAAGGUCAUGACGCUCCUGGCCGAGUCGCUGCGCCGCGUCGUGAUGCGCCGUCUGGAGCACAUCUACUCGAAGCAGGACGUGAUUAUCCUUGCGCUCGAGAGCGCCAACGCCGAGGCGCAGGCGUCGCUGCCCAAGUCGCACAUCACGCCCACCUACGAGGAGGUGCGCGACAGGGCCGACGGUUCUACGCAGCUCGUCCACGCGCUGUGUGUCUACCUCUACCAGCGCCCCGAGGUGUCGGGCGAGCGCCAGCGCACGCGUGCGAUGCUUUGCCAAGUCUACCACCAUGCGCUGCACGCCGACUAUCACGUUGCGCGCGACCGCUUCCUGAUGAGCCACCUCCAGGAGUCGAUCCACCUCGCGGACGCCGCGACGCAGAUCCUCUAUAACCGCGUGCUGGUGCAGCUCGGUCUGUGUGCCUUCCGCGUGGGCCUGAUUAAGGAGUGCCACGCGGCGCUCCAGGAGAUCUUUACGACGGGCCGCGUCAAGGAGCUGCUCGCGCAGGGCGUCUCCAAGGUGUCGCCCUACAACACGGUGACUGCCGAGCAGGAGAAGCUCGACCGCCAGCGCCAGCUGCCUUUCCAUAUGCACAUCAAUCUCGAGCUCCUGGAGUGUGUGUACCUCGUCGCGAGCAUGCUCCUCGAGGUGCCCAACAUGGCGUACGCCGGCUCCGACCCCGAGCUCCGCAAAAAGGUCAUCUCGCGUCCCUUCCGCCGGAUGCUCGACUACACCGACCGCCUCGUCUUUACGGGUCCGCCGGAGAACACGCGUGACCAUGUGAUGCAGGCGUGCAAGGCGCUGCAGAACGGCGAGUGGAAGACGUGCAUUGAGCUCAUCAAGUCGAUCAAGAUCUGGAAGCUGAUUCCCGACCAGGACAAGGUGCUCGCGCGCCUCGCGCAGCACAUCCAGGAGGAGGGUCUGCGUACCUAUCUGUUCAACUUUGCGUCGCACUACGACUCGCUCUCGCUGAGCCACCUCGCCGAGACGUUUGAGCUGAGCGAGUCGACCGUCCGCUCGCUCGUCUCGCGCAUGAUCUGGAACGACGAGCUGGCUGCGACCCUCGAUCCGAUCCACAACGUGAUUGUGUUCCAGCGCAUGGAGCUCAACCGUGUGCAGCAGCUCUCGCUCUCGCUCUCGGACCGCGCGAACGCGAUGCUCGAGCAGAACGAGUGGCUGCUCGACUCCAAGCUGGGCGACCUGCGCUCGAGCAGCAAUGCCAACGCAGGCGCAGGCGCCAACACGUUUGCGGGUGAGGGCGGCGCGGACCGCGAGAGCCAGGGUCGCCGCGAUGCACGUCGCAAGGGCCGCGGGCGUGGGCGGGUGCAGCUCCAGGCCCAGGCGCUUGGGCAAAAGGUAUAG